GGCCAGGACCAUUGUACUCUUUAGUAGGAAUCUGCCUUUCCUAAAACCUGACUGUUAUAAAAUUCUCUGACAUUUACCAACAACCCAGUGGUUGUGGGGCAGAAAGUUUGUUAACUUCACUUAUCUUCCCAUUCCUGGUUCUUGACACAUAUUUGUAUCAUCUCUAUGUUCUGGCUCUGAUGUCUCUGGGGAGACAGACAGAAUCUUUAAGCUGCCUCCCUAGUGUGUGUGUUUGCUUUAAAAAUUAUGAAAUAUUUUAAGCAAUCAGAACAGUACAGAUAGACUAUUUUUUUAGUGAUGACCCCUUAACCAUUUCCAGAACUAACAAUUAUUGAUGGCCUACUAUACAAAUUCCAGGUUUUUAAAUAAGUAACAAAACAAUAUGCAUACAGAAGACAAUCUUUCUUUAAUUUUCCUUCACUAGAAGCCAACCCUUCCUACCAUGGUGUUUGCCUCUCUGAUGUUAUUGCUCUUGCUGGCCUAGAAAACACAUAUUGGAUUGUCCUGUCACCCCAUCUCUUCCAUCAGAUUCAUCAACAGCAUGGAAACCAGAAACCAAACAGGUGUUUCAAAAUUCCUUCUCAUGGAGGUGACAGAGGAUCCAGAACUGCAGCCCCUCCUCUUCAGCCUGUUCCUGUCCAUGUACCUGGUCACCAUCCUGGGAAACCUGCUCAUCAUCCUCGUUGUCAUCACUGACUCCAACCUCCACACUCCCAUGUACUUCCUUCUCUCCAAUCUGUCCUUUACUGACAUCUGUUUAAGCACAACUACCAUCCCCAAAAUGCUGCUCAACAUCCAAACACAGAAUCAGAGCAUCACUCAUACAGGCUGCCUCACCCAGGUCUGCCUGGUCCUGGUUUUUGCUGGUGAGGAAAGUUGCCUUCUUGCAAUAAUGGCUUAUGACCGUUAUGUGGCCAUUUGUCACCCACUGAGGUACACAGUCAUCAUAAACAUCCAUCUGUGUGGCCUGCUGACUCUACUCUCCCUGUUCAUAAGCAUUGUGGAUGCCCUGGUUCAGAGCGUGCUGGUGCUGCAGCUGUCUUUUUGCACAGAUGUUGAAAUCCCCCUCUUCUUCUGUGAAGUUGUUCAGGUCAUCAAGCUCGCCUGUUCGGAUACCCUCAUCAAUAAUAUCCUGAUAUAUUCUGCAACUAGCAUAUUUGGUGGUAUUCCUCUGUCUGGAAUAAUUUUCUCUUAUACUCAAAUUGUCUCCUCUGUUUUGAGAAUGCCCGCAGCAGGAAGAAAGCAUAAAGCUUUUUCCACCUGUGGGUCUCACCUCUCAGUUGUGUCCUUGUUCUAUGGGACAGGCUUUGGGGUCUACAUUAGUUCUGCAUUUACUGACUCAUCCAGAAUCACUGCAGUGGCUUCACUGAUGUACACUGUGGUCCCUCAAAUGAUGAACCCCUUUAUCUACAGCCUGAGGAACAGGGACAUGAAGGGAGCUUUGAGGAAACUCAUUGGUAGGACACCUUCCCUUGUGUGA